AUGAGCAUGGAUUCGUCUCGGAGUUGGGUGGUCGCCGCGGCUUGCUUCUGGAUAAACGCGUUCGCUUUCUCCAUGGUCCGCUCGGCCGCCGUGGUUUACGUGGCGCUGCUGCAUGCCUUUCCGGUGGCCAGGGAGCGGGCAUCGUGGCCCAGCAACCUUUCUGUCGUCUGCUACUUCUUUACAGGUCCCAUUGCCGGAGUCCUGGCCAGGUACAUACCGAUAUGGAAGCUGUCCGUGGUCGGUUGCCUCGGCGGUUCACUCGCCAUUUGCGCCUGCUUCUUCGCACCCUCCAUGCUUUUCCUGGACGUCUUUCUUGGUUUCGUCUACGGCACCAGUAUCGGUUUGCUGAGCCUCUUCGGCGUCGUGGUAAACCAGCACUUUCUGAAGCACCGCGCAGCAGCCUCCGGCAUCGCCAACGCGGGCUUCACAGUCGGAGGACUUGUAUUCCCACCAGUCAUGAAGGCACUGGAGGAGAAAUACGGAAUCCAUGGCACAUUCUUGAUUUUUGGAGCCACCAUGCUCAACUCGGUGGCCGGUGCUUUGCUGCAACGCACGCCACCGGUAGCGCAACCGGAACGAGACAUAACUGGUGCCUCAACCCACGGUUCGGAUGGAAGUGAUGUUCUGAAAAAUGGCGACGAAUUCGGGGAACCCCUUCGGUGUUAUGAUUAUCCGCACCAACUCGAUGACGCAGACCUUUGUGGAUGCAACGGUACUCCCGAUAAAUGUUGUCAGAAGCUCCAUCUUUUGACAAUUGAAGGAUACGACGUCGAUGACGAUCAGCCUAAGAGGGAAGAAGCAAAGCUUGGUAGCACUGUUUCAACCGAUUUCAACCAUUCGAAAGGGCACGUUUAUUUUCCGGCGGAGGAGGACGCUGUGCCAGAGCUAGUUGCAAAUAACGGAAUUCAAAAACCUUUGAACGGAGGACCUAAAAGUGCCAAACGAGACCAUUUUCUAUCUUUUCUAUUAUUACCUGAAUAUUAUCUGAUCGCCUUCUCUUUUUCCAUCAUGUCCUUUAACACGAUGACGUAUUAUACAGUCGUAGUCGACUUUGGAGUGGACCGUGGGAUACCUGCGUGGAACGCGGUGUACCUGAUGUCAUUCUACUCGAUAAUCGACCUACUGGCUCGGCUCGGCUCUGGUUGGAUAACGGACAGAAAGUACCUGCGAAAGAGCACCAUGAUGGGGUCUCACCUGGCGCUGUGGGGCGCAUCGCUCUGCCUCAUACCACUGUGUAGCUCCUAUCUAAGCCAGGUGUGUCUGUCUGUCUUACUUGGCUGGUGCAACGGUUCAACGGUAAUACUUACAGUGGUGCUCUUUAUGGAGCUGGUGGGCAUCGAGAAGAUCGGCGUCUGCUUCGGAAGUGCCAAUGCACUCGCCGGACUUGUGGAACUCACAAAGCCGUUACUAAUAGGAUUCUUCAGAGAUACUCACAAGGACUAUUCCGGCUUAUUCAGCCUCAUCGGGGGAAUGACGGUGUGCGUAUCCCUGCUGUGGUUGUAUUAUCGCGUAAGAGAACAGUGCUCACCGACGAGAAAAGACGGCCACUUGUCGAGAAUGUGCUCAAAACUAAGCGACCGCGUCUUGGCGUCGUGAAGAAAAGUGCCAGUCGAAAGAAAGAACUACAAUUUCGGGCAGUAUGUACGUAUGAGAUGAUGUCAAUUCGUGACAGUGUGGCAUAUGGAAAUGAAUUUUACGAAAGUGUUAGUUCCGGAUGGUGCCAGCGCGUGAAAUUAGAGAAGAACCAAUCCGGGGAGGAUCAGUCGCAUCAGUACUGCAAGUUCAUAAUUCAUUGAUAAAGCAAAAAAAAAAAAAAUAGGUUAUUCGGCGUCCCUUCUGGAUGUUUUGUCCAGUACUUCGUAAGAGACCCUCCUAAUUUUAUUUGAAAGAUUUCUUAGGGUGUGUCUUGGCGUCCCAUGAGCAACGUGAAGUCAUCUUGUUAUCGCUGAGGUUCAUCAUCCGCCUUUUCCAGUUGCACGAGCAGUUGAAGAAGGAAAAACAAAGAGAGAGAAAGGCAGGGAGGUUAGCCCGUGUAAGUACCAGCUGGC